AGGCAGUUUAAACAUAUUUGUGUGCGAAGUUUUUAUUCGUGUUGUUGGGUUGGAAAGUUGAACAAGUGACCAAGUGACCAUGUUCAACUGACCCUUGGCUUGCACAUACUUAUAAUUGAACUUUGUUUUCGAAUCACCUUCAAGGAGACAAUUGAAUCUAUCGAUUGUGUGUGUUUAGUCUGCAAACAACAGUCGAAUCAAUAAUACUAACAUUUUUAUCAAAAUGAAAAUCUACGGAUUCGUGUUAAUUUUCGUCUCAAUUUUAACUUCAAAGAUUAAUUCGCAAGAUGUCAACUAUAAUGGAAUGGUGAUACCUGGCGCAGUGAGCCAACCCACUAAUCCAAUUAAAAUAACAUUGUUUUAUGAAAGCUAUUGUCCUUUCAGCAUCAAAUUUAUGCUGCAGCAGUUGUAUCCAGUGACAAUGAAGUAUUCAAAACUUCUAGUGUUGGAUUUAAUUCCGUUUGGUCAUUGUAAGGUACAACAAAGAAAGAAUGGCAUGUACGAUUUUAAAUGCCAACAUGGCGAAAAAGAAUGCUACGGAAAUCGCGUCCACGCAUGUGUGAUUCAACAGGGCGUUGAUAAAGGAAAUGCUAAGGUGGUUAUGGCUCUGACGUGUCUCAUGAAUUAUAACUAUCAAGACAUGGAGGUGAAACGGUGUUUGGAAAAAUCUAAUUUAUCAUGGGACCGACAUAAAUUGUGCAUGCUGCGUGAUGCUACCACAUUAGAAGUAGCAUACGGAAAACGCACGCAUGAAAAUGUCCCAGAAGUUAAAUAUGUGCCCUUCGUCAUAUUUAACGACACCUACAACCACCAUCUGGAAGAGAUUGCUGUUAACAACCUGGAGGCUGCGGUUUGCGAACUUUUCGGUCCAAAUAAGCCCGACACUUGUUUCAACUACAACCUUAUCUGAACGUGACAUUUAUUGUCACGCAGCAAAUAAAACACAUUGAAUGUAUAAUGAGGUUGAACUAAUUUUAACAUACAAAACAAUGGAAUGAUUGAUCGAAACAAUGGCAUCCGAAAUGAA